AAAGACUCAGACGCAAAAACAGCAUCAGAAGGACCCGAGGCCAAAAAGGCCCGUCAUGACGACACUUCCGCUGGUCUGGGAAAACCCCACUUCCGUGGCCCAGAGGCAGGAAACGGUGGUAGGAACAGGAGCCGGGAUGGACGUGCUGAGGACAGCGACGGUGAUGGCCUUGGUAGGGCCAGGGAGUCCUGCGUGGAGGUCUCGGGUGUCACGGAGCGCAGAGACCGUACAAGUGAGCUGGGCUCUGAAGUUUGUGGUAGCGGCUUGUUACCAGGUGGCCCAGCUUCGUCUUCGUCUCCGUCCCUUAUUUCUAGAAACGAUUGUUAUUCUACCCCUGCUCGAAAUUUGUCGCCUGAUUGCCCAGCGUCUGUUACCGCCCAGCCGUACUUCCAGGUCACAGGCAUGAGCGGGUCCUCUGAAAAUAAUCACAGCGAACAGCAGCAAAACGUAAGAGGUUCCCAUGAUCCCCACUUACCACUCACCUGCAAGGAUGUUCCCGGCACGUCUCCGCUCCCUGGUUCAGUAGUAGUACCGUCAUCGCUGUCGUCUGCUGCGUUCACAUCUCAAGGGAGUUCUCGUUGUACGCCCUCGGUGUCUACAGCAGCCAAAGCGGAGUCGGCGACACGGCUAGCUGCUGCAUCAGAAGUGGUGGGCGUUCCGGAUCCCGCCGCCGACGGAUCGAGUCACUCUUCAUCUUCCCAUGGAGUAAAUUCUUCUUCUUCUGUUUGUGUUGUGAAUUCUGAAAUAUCUGGAUUAUCGUCGAUGGAUGAUUCCUCGCCGCCGAGAAGUACGUGCCAUCCCCACGGAGUAACGCCACCACCGACGGAAUAUAUUACCGAAUCGCGUUCAAACCCUAGUGCCCCUACGACUGAGCCUGCUGGGGCUACCGAGGGGUCAAGCCCCGGUGACCCAGUAGGGAUUGAAAAAGAGGGCGCGCAGGGUUCGAACACGGACCUCCUAGCUGGGCUCUCAGCUCUAGGUGGUCGGCGAGAUCCCGCGGCGUUGUUGCGUCGUCUGCAUGAGCUGAGCCCCGGCCAGCUGUACUGGUGCUUGGGCCAGGUGGACCCCGACACGGCCCGCGCACAGCACCCGAACAACACCAGGAAGAUCAUCAGGGCUCUGCAGUAUUACUUGGAGACGGGUGGCACGCUGUCCUCUGCCUUCCAGGCUCAGCACCAGGGCCAGGCGGGGGCCAAGAGCGGACCUCUACGCUACCCACGGCCCUGUAUACUGUGGGUCAAGUGUAGACAGCCUGAGAGAAAGACGAGGGUCAUGUGUACCCGCACGGCUUCCUCCAGAACAUUGGCUUCAAAGAGUUCCACAAGUACUUACAGCUUAAUGCUGAGGAAAGGGAGACGGAAGAAGGGAAGAAACUGUUGAAGGAGGGAACAGAGAACCUGAAGCUGGUGACCCGCCAGUAUGCCAAACAGCAGGUGCGCUGGAUCUCCAACAGAUUCUGCUCACGUCCGGGUCCUGACGUCCCCCCUGUGUACUCGGUGGACUCCACAGACCUCAGCCGGUGGGACCAGGCGGUGCAGGAGGCUGUGGCCGUGGUCAGGGCUUUCUGUCAGGGAGAGGUGCCAGACAAGGAACCAGAGCCCACAAAGCAGAAGUCAGAUGUCAAGUUUGAGCGCAAUGUGUGUGAUGUGUGUGGGGGGAAAGUCUUUCUCUACCUUCAUGAGUGGAAGAGUCAUUUAGCAAGCAAGAAACAUAAGCACAACGUCAAGAUGUCGUCGGAGAGGGGAAAGUUGGCACGCCUGCUGCAAGCCAGACAACAGCAACUCACAGAGACAGAGGUGUGCGGGACAGUGACAGAGGGUGGAGAGCAGAAAAUGCUGGCGAAGACUGAGGAGGGUGAUGUUGACAAGUUGUGACAGAAUGUACUCUUUGCAUUGUAGAAUGAAAGUGCAUUCUCUGAGUGGCAUCUCUGGUGUCCAAACCUCUCUGUGUGGCCACUUGAAAACGGGUUCAGAGCAUCCAUCAAGUGGCGAAGAUGUGAAGAGCCAGAGUUGAACUGACCUGCGCCGAGGUUAGAGAGCCAGGAUGAUUUGGUGGGCUCUGACAAGUGGUGUCUUGUGACAGAAGCCCCAAAUGACAGAAUUGCAGUGAUUCAUCGGCAGUCCCCAUCAGAGAUCAUGGUAGAGUACCUGAUGACAACACACAUGGGAAAAAAAACCGUUCUGAAUAAAAAAAAAAAGAAAGAAAGUCUUGACAUGCAUACAAAAUAUUACAUCAAUCCGGUAAUCCGGUCAUCUCUGCUAUGAAUGUUGUUUGGGGGGGUCUGAAUAAUGGAAAUUUUCUUUCUUUUUUUUUUUUUUUGUUGCCAUAUAGUGUCCUUGGGAUAGGCAUUUUACCCAAAUUGCCCAUUUAGAUUGGUCCUUUCGGAGAUGGAUGUAAAACUCUGAGGUCCUGCCUCUUAAAUAACCUAUUAGUGUUAAACCAAUACCGUUUUGCCACUUUUUUUCUUGCCUAGAACAAUGUUUUCCACAGUGCUGUACGGGCACAUCACACUAUAAUUCUUGAUAAACACAGGAAUGAAUAACUACAGAAUACAUUUUGCCAUCUUUAGCAGGGUAAACAGCAUUGUAAAUACCAUUGUCACUGAGAAGGCUCUGAAGAUGCUGACAGUUUUCAUUUCACUCUUUCGAAAUUUGCAGUUUUUUCAUACUUAGUGCCUGCUCUUUCAGGCUUGCCCAUAACUGUUUAAGUUGUUUAACCUUGUACUUAUGCCGCUUUUCUUUUUGAUGAAGGACAUUUAUUUGACAAGUUGUUUUAUCCACCAUUAUUCUAAAAAGCAAUUAACAUCAACUAUUAACCUAUGUGAAAAUAUUUGGAUCCAACUCUACAUAGUGUUAUCAGGUCCAUUCAUAACCAUGGGAACGGCGGCCAUCUUGGGUUGUAAACAAAAAAUAUAUACCAAUUUUGGUACACUACUAUUAAUAUAGUUUUUACUUUUUUCCUGUUAUUUCACUUAUGUGUUUAGGAGACAUAGCUCUGAUAAGAAACAAGCUUAGAAUGGUUUAUAUAUUCCUUUUAGUUGUUUUUUAAGCCAUCAAAAUUCAUCUUACAAUUUUGGUAAGAAAAUACCCUAGUGACUUUGUUGAAAAAAAUUAUUAAAAAAAUAAAAUAAAGAGACAUAUCGAAA